AGUAAGAGGGAAGAACCAUUUCAAAAACCAGCAGAAGAUGCAGCAAAACAAGGGGAAUUAGAACAGAAACAUCCUAAACAAAAAAAUAAGCAACAUAUCAGUCCAAAGUCCCUCUCUUUACGUACGAGUCGUAGGAAGAUGAACACUGAAUAUAGGUCAAAAUUUUUGUCUCCAGCCCAGUAUUUCUACAAAGAUGGAGCUUGGUCUCGUAUUAGGAGUGAAGUUCACAACCAGGCAUCUCAGAACACCCUGAAUUCCAUGUGGUAUAUGGAGGUGAGAGAACUUCGAGAAAGAGCCAAAGCUUACAGGCAACAAGUGGAGGGAACACACUUCUCCCGACUGCAUUUCAGUCAGAUCCUGUCUGAUAACAACAGUCUUUGGGAUGUGUCUUCAACUUCCAGUUCAGAAGAAGGCAUCAGCAACAACAUCAGAGCACUAGAUCUUGCUGGAGUUUCUGAAAAAGAACCUGCACCAAGCCCCAAAGACCUACAGCAACCUGACUCCAGUAAGCAGCCACAUGAGGACAGCCCUGGAAAGUAAGACAUGUCAGAUGCUUUAACUAUUCCAGUCAAAAGAUGUUUAGUUUGGGGUGAACAAGGAGGAACUGAAGAAAAGGAAAAUUGUCGAUCAACAGAAGAAGAAGAAAAACAAGAUGAACAGGCUGCAGUUGUCGCCCAACAGUUAGAAGAAAACAAUAAGGAUGCCAAAGAUAAUAAAAUUGAAGGUGGGAAUGCCUUAGCACUGAAUAUUUCUGCAGCUCUGCCAGAUUCUCCUGUAUCCUCAAGGGCAGGUAACAAGCUUCCCACUUCGAGACUGACAGCACUUGGUGGAACUCAGAGGACUCGUGGUGAUCUCACUAUCCCAGCUGUUGGAGAUACAGUUCUAAAGUCUCCUUCUAAAUUCAAGUCUUCGUCUUUACCACAGAGAAAGCAAAAUUUAGGAACGUACCCUUCAAAAAGAAGCUCCUUCCAGCCUGAUGGGAAAGUGGAAGCUGUUUCACUCCUGAACUUUCCACCUGCUGGGGUGGGAGCUGUGGAUCCUCUGCCACUUAGGCAGGAUCAGUGGCCUCCUAACAGUGUUGCUGAUGAACAAGUUCCACUUGCUUCAGACCAUCAAGAGCAUUCCUCUACAACUUGUGUGCUGAAGUCAGGAAAAAGCUGUUCUGUGCCUUGCUGGAGUCCCUCUUAUCCUAUUAAAGGGAGUCUCAAGGAUCCAGAGUUCCAGCAUAAUGUGAAUCUUGGCAAUCCAAAAGUGAGAACUUUCCAGUUACCCCUUCAGAAAAGAAGCUAUAAUGAUGAAGAUGACAGGUUGUCUCAGAUUUCUGCUCGCUCAGCAGCAUCCAGCUCUCUUGCAUCUCAGAUACUGAAACGAGCUCAGAAGAGGAAGGAUUUCUGGAGCAAGACAUAG